UGGGAAGGGGCUGCGGGGCGAGGCCGCGCUCGUGGGAUCCCCGCUUGUUUGGGAGCGGCCGUCGGGCUUCGCGCUGCGCGGCUCGAGGGCACCGCAUGGGGCCGGCAGGGACUCGGAGCGGCUGCCGGGGGUUCGGUGUGCGCCCGUCGGGGCUCAGAGCCGCAUUUCGCAGCGCUGCCGGGGUUGGGAGCCCCGCGUGGGACUGCUGCUGCCGGGACCCGCUCGGAGCUGACCCCGCUGGGUCCGCGGCUCCGUCCGGAGGGGUCUUCUGGGCUUCGGAAAAGGCGGAGCUCGGCGGGGACAGAAACACAGCGGUGCGCGGGGGUAAAAUGCAACCAGACGGUAUUUUAGCGUGAGCUGGGACCGGUGCGGUUGAGUUACGAAGGCUGGGGAAGACGUCUGCCGUCAUCGACCCACUCCCGCCAUGCACGCUAACCACGUCCCUCCGUGCCGCAUCUCCACGGUUCUGGGACACCUCCGGCGCUUCAGAGGCGCUGAUGAGACCGGGCGGUACUUCAUGAGUACUCAGUGAUGAUGGUGCUGCGUGGGCAGUGUCCUCGGUUCCUCCCUAAGGCUGCAUUGUUCCGGGGGGCGGUGGGCUGGAGGUGGGAGCUGGCUCUCCGUGUCCCACCCGUCCAUCCUGCCUGGGGCUGUUGCUCACCGCGGUACAAUGGCUCAGAGCGGCACUUUGCUCGCGCCCUGCCUUGUGAUGCACCCAAAUCUUUGCCGUCAGAGCCUUUGCAGACGUCUCUAGAGGAGCUCUUGGUGCCCAUGUGCUCUACCAGAGUUGCCGCUGUUAGGCAGUGGAGCAGGAGAGCUCCUCGGAUGCGCCCUGAAAGCAGGGCAUUCCCCCACAUGCAGCGCAGUGCUCAGCCUGGGGGUUGGGAUGCCUGCAGUUGGGCAGCUGGGCUCUUUGCCCAGGGCAGCACCGACCUCCUCACUCCCUCCUCAGCAGUGGACCAGCAGCAUCAACCGGGCCAAUAAGAUGGCUCUGCUCACCUGGGUGAGAGAAACCGGCAUCGACCUGGUGCAGGUGAACGGGCAGCGGCGCUACGGCGGCCCUCCUCCAGGGUGGGUGGGCAGCCCGCCGCCCCCGGGCUCCGAGGUGUACAUCGCCAAGCUGCCGCGGGACCUGUACGAGGACACGCUCAUCCCGCUCUUCCAGAGCGUGGGGCGGCUCUACGAGUUCCGCCUCAUGCUGACCUUCAGCGGGCUGAACCGCGGCUUCGCCUACGCCAAGUACAGCGACCAGCACAGCGCCGGGAAGGCCAUCGCCGCCCUCAACAACUGGGAGGUGCAGGAGGGCCGCGCCAUCCUGGUGUGCCGGAGCUUCGAGAAGUGCGAGCUGAGUGUGAACGGGCUGCCCGCCACGCUGCGCCGCAGGGAGCUGGACGCCAUGCUGCUGGAGGCCACCGAGGGGCUGCUGGGCUUAGCGCUGCACAACAGCCCCGGCCGCAAGCAGGGCAAGGUCGCCGUGCUGACGUACAGCUCUCACCGGGCUGCCGCCAUGGCCAAGAAAGCCCUGGUGGAAGGGAACGUCGGCCUCUUCAAGAAGGCGAAGGUGGAGUGGCUGAAGCCUGAGCUGAAGGAGCAGCUGCAGGCGCAUGGGGAGAAGCCACCCCCCAGCACCGUGCAGCGCCUGGGGAGCCCCGAGCGGGCGCUGCCAUCCUCGGAGCUGCGUGGUGCGCUGGGCAGACUGCAGGCCUUGUGCCGGCGGCUGCACCUGGGGAGCCCCCGCUUCCUCACCAGGUGCGUGCAGGCUGAGCCCGACGGCUGGCAGCGGUACUGGGGCCAGGUGGUGAUCCCGUCCUACCCCGUGCCCUGCAGCACCUUCCUGUGGGUGCGGGAGGACACGUCGGGCACCGCGGGGCACGAGAAGAUCAAAGAGGCGGUAGCACAGCUGGCCCUGAUGAUGCUGGGGUACUGAGGGUCUGUGCAGGCACACGUUGUGCCCCAACUAUGAAAUGAGCCCGAGCCACCCAAUGUCACAUCGUGGAGCAGAGCUGAGCCCAGCGGGGCCGCGUUCCUGUUCAGCCUUGUUUUGAGUUCGUUGGCGUUUGUUUAAGGGCCAUCUGGAGAGCGUGGGCACUGCCCCAUCCCCACCGGCGCUGGUUCUGUUGUGAGCAGCAGGCACGUCCUGCCUGCUUCCAUGUUUUCCUGUUGAAGUUUUGCGUUGCUGUGGUGCUGCAGGGCUCUCAGGAGGAGCAGCAGCUGCCUGGAAGGAUGCAAGCUGGCGGUCUGACAGGGGGGGCUGGCACUGGUCCCCAAUGCCUGCAGCCCUGUUUUUCCAUGGGGCAGUCAGGGGACCCUGCAGGCACUGCCCGCAGCCUGGAGGCCAGCAGCCACCUGCUGGCUAUUAAAGGAGCCUGGGAAGCACUGAUGGUGUUCUGUUGUGUUUUGUUGCUUUGGUUUUUCUGGGUGGGUCCCAUCCUACAGCCAGGCCCACAUUGGGCAGCUCCUGUUGACAUCACCCUGACGUCACCUCUGCACACAGUUCCUGAGGCACAGCAGCUGCCACACGCCUUGGGCCGGCUUUAGCCCAGCGGUUCCUUCGGUUCAUGCAUUCUGUGUAUUCCGGGCUCCGACUGGGGUUCGAUCCCGCGGGCACCCCUGGCCCAUUUUGUGUGUUCCCAUCGUUAACUUUUUAA